GUUCAAUAAGUUGACUUUGUGUAUUCCAACAUUCUCAUUACCACAGUUGAAAGGGUCUAGUUUAUAAUUUACUAUAAAUAUACCUAAUUUCGAUGACCAGUGAAAAAAUAUGCGAUUCAAAAGUAUAUUGACAGUAUUCGGCGUCGGAUAUUAUUAGUUUGUUUUGCUGUAUGUUAGCCAAAAAAUUGAGUGAGUUAAGUUUUCUGUGAUACACAUAUGAUGAACUUUGUGACAAAUAUCAUCAAAAAAUAUAUUCAGAAUGAAGGAGUUGAAACUCAUGUCACAUCGCCAACUAUUGAUAAGGAAAUUGAUCUCCCACAUCCAGAAUGUAAUGGGCUGUUGGGAGAUAAUCAAUCAAAAAAAGUUAAUCUGAGAGUGUCUUUCCUCAGAGAAUUCGACCCCUUGUAUCAGAGCCCUAUAAAGGAAAGACUACAGUCAGAUAAUAUAAUCUACGAUGAGGAUGAGGACUCGGAAAAAGUCACAUUGAAAGAUAGAGAUGGAACCUUAUUAGUUUCACCACGAGGUAACUCUACCCAAAACUUACUAGAAAUUUCAGGAUACAAGGUCCAUCAGGUGGAUCUGUCAGAAACCGAAGCCUUUGAUACCCCCUUAACUUCACCUCGAAGUGAAGGUAAUUCAACUCAAAUUAUCAGUUCACAGGAAACAUCCUUCGAGAACCCUGUGACAUCACUUCCGCAGAGCUCGGGAGAAGAAACCUCCCUAUCACCAGGCCGUGAUAUACCGAAUUUGGUGGAAAAAGAAACAGAAUUGAACAUAACUAAUCCAAUUUCGGUUCCAUCCAUUCAGGUCACAGCAACAACACAAUCAUUGAAUAAUUCUCUUGAUGAUACAGAGGCAUGUAUUGGUGAUAUUCCGAAAACUCCAGUAACUAUCUCUACACCUGAUUCGAUUAUCCAAGUUAUCCCCCCAGACAAUACUAUAAUUUCACAAGAAGAAUUGGUGAAUAAAUCAUUGAAUGAGGAGAAUCAGGAAUUCUUUGAGACCCAUUCGACACUAAUAGAAGAGGGAGAUUUCCAAAAAGCAUCAGAUGAGAUAAAAAUUCUACCAGUUCCGGUUGUAGGCGAAAACUCGUGCACGAAAAGUGAGAACAGCACUGAAUGUGAUAGAGACAUCGAGUCACAAAGUUCACUCGAAGAUAACCCCAAUAGUCGGCUUGAGAAUCCUGAGUCCACAGAACAGUCUAUUUCAACCAUUGCCGUUUCAUCGCCUCCCAAUAAAGUUCAGAUAGAGAAUCGCUCUUCAUCAAUUCCAUCUCCGCCCCAUUCGACGCUGAAAGGAGUUGAAGGUCUCCAGGAAACCUCAAGUGGAAUCAUAGAAGAAAACUCAUGCAUAACAAAUGGAACGGUUUCAAGUGACAUUGUAGAAGAAAACCCGUGCAUCAGAAGUGACGAAAGUACAAGAUUACCCCCUCCCGAAUGCGAUAGUGAAAUAGAGAUUCAGAGUGUCGACAUUCAUUCCAACGGUCAGCUUGAGAGUUCUGAGUUCACAGAUAUACCUGCUCCCACCUCUGACAUUGCAUCACCUCCUAAUGAAGAGGAGGUAGAUAUUGGCAAAUCAUCAAACUCUCAUAGGACAGUAACUACUAAGGGUGCUGUUGAUGUUAUUCCAAUCCUGGAAUCUCAGGAUAGCUUAGCUUUUACUGUUACCUGUGGUGACACGGACAUACUCAAAUCCAAAAUGGCUGACCUCAGUGAGGAUCUAGCAAAACAGCAACAAGAGAAUUCAGAACUGCGGCUUCAGUUGAACGCCUUGCAGCAAGCGAGGGCUUCCCUGGAAUUGGAAGUUCGCCAGAAAGAAGAAAUAAUUAUAAAGAGCCAAGCUGAGGCUUUGAAAACGGAACAGAAAUACAAACAAGAAAUUAAGAUUUUGAAAGAAAAAGUGAAAGAAAACAGUUCAUUGAUUGAAAAAGAUGGUACAAAGCAUUUGCAAGAACAGCUGAAAGAGGCUCAGAUGAAAGAAGCCAAGUCCUCUGCUGAUCUGCAAGCCAGAAUUAAAGUUGAUGAACAAUAUGCGAGAAAGAUGGAAGAAUUUGAUAGAACGCUGAAGCAACGUGCAGACGAAUAUGAAAAACUGAAAGAAAAAUUUGAGGUCAAUAAGAAACAUCUCGCCAAUCUCGAACUAGCUUUUUCUGAUGUGCACUCAAAAUAUGAGAAAUCCAAGGAGAGUCUUCAAGCAUCUCUCCUCAAUGAGGAAGCAUUAAUUAUCAAGAUGGACUUGGCGCAGUCCACCAAUAAUCAACAUGAGGAGAGAUACGAAUCUUUAAGGCAGCAUGCCAGAAACCAAAUAGACAAGUCAAACAAAGAACUUUUGACGCAAAGAGAGCGUUAUGAGAGCGAAGUGUUGAAACUAAAAGCGAUUAUAAAACGUCUUGAAAUCAAAUGCAGCUCCCUGGAAAGCAAUAUGCAGCAAAAGAUCAAUGAGUGCGCGCAGUUGGCGGCUCUUUGCGAUGAGGUGACAGGAAAGAAAGUCUAAUUUACUUUGUCUUAAAAUAACAUGCCGUAAAGUUAGACAUUUUUAUCUUAUAUGAUUGAUCUCUGGUGGAAGUCCAAAUUAGCUCAGAGUGGAGUGAGAUAUCUGAAGGCAAGAAGGAACGCCCAAAGUAUUUGGGAGUUCCAUCUUACCUUUUAUAUGAAUGAUUUCAUGGCACAUUGUUUUAGGAUACUUGUAUGAUAUAAACUUCGUACUACGUGAUUUUCAUAUAUAUGUUCAAAUUGUUGAAUUUUUAUUUGUGCUCUGUCAAAUGUAUCUUUUCAUAAUAUGGUUUUUCAAUGCACUGGUGUGAAGCAAUGAAUGCAGAAAUUCAUUAUUUAUUAUUCUUCUGUGGCCUCGUUAAAUGGAUAUGAAUAAUAGGUAUACAUUGUUAUUUCAAAAUCUUCUUACGCUCUUGUUAUUUGGGUAUUUGAUCAAUUAUGGAUUUUUCAAAUCCUGGCGUUGGUUGUACAUUAGUGCAUUGAGGAAAAGUAUUUUGUUUUGAUUUCGUUAUUUUUCGUUCAUAGUAUUUAGCAUUCAAAUGAAUGAGUUAACUGUCCUACAGAAAUGUAUAUUAUUAUGUAAGAUCUUGAGCCUUUGAAAUGGCAUGAAGUAAAAGUGUGAAAUAUCCGUUGUCACGAAUUUCCAUGUGGACAUUUCCAUUUUUAUUUAAUGAUACUGUGAUAAGAUAUUCCAAAAUAAAUAUACUUUGGAAAAUCUUCGAGGGUUUACAGUACAGGAUGUCCACGAAUGUUUUGCAGGUGCUUCUCUUCCAAUUAAUUGAAUUCGAUAUAUUUUUCAGUGAAUGGUCACAAAAAACGCAUAAACUGAUUUUUGGAUUCAGGUGUCACCACAUAGAUAAUCAUUGUUUUAUCAAUAUUGACCAUGCAAUAAUUUUAGUUCAGCUAAAAAUUUGGCAUUUCACUGAUCAACAAUAAAGUUACAAAAUUUGGGGACCCUGUAGUACCUAUGGUUUCAAGAAAUGCAUUGAAAAAUUUUGUGAAAGAACGUCCUGGGACACCCUUUGGUUGUAAUCUUUAUGAGAAUUAUUUAUUUCUUUUAGAUGUCUAACAAAGAAUAGUAGCUAGUUGAAUAUUUAUUUAUAUUUUUGGUAACUGAUAGUUAUUAAUAAACUUCUUUUAAAAACUGAUGUAUCAAAGUGAUGAGUUUACUCAAAGUCCAUGUCUAUAACUAACUCUUAAUACAGUUUGUUCUGUUUAUAAUGAAAUGUUAAUAUGCUUGAUAACUUGAUAAUUAUACUUGAUAUGUAAAUUCACCGGACACCUAAAUACUGGUUAUAAUAAAAAUGAAACAAUUAUAG